UUUUAAUAUUUUUUAAUCCAAUUUUUUUCCUUAUUUGAACAACAUAACUCCCAAAUGUCAAAGAGAAACGUUCAGAAAGUCCGGAGAGAAGCAUAGUACUCCGGCGGUAGCCGUCAUUGAUCGGCACUUAUUAACUGAGUUGAGAUUAGUGUAUGAGCUUGGGCUUCCUCAUGCUUCUUCUUCGAUUACUUUUUUUUCCUCGCCUUCUUUGAAAUCCCAAAUGCCACUUUCCUCCAUAUCAAAGUUAAGGAGAGCAUCUUUAUCUUCUGAAUCUCAGUUUGCUGAUUCUUCUCUUAUCAACCUCACUCCCACCAUAUCUACUGUGCAUCAUCAUCGUCAAAACGACAAUGUCAAACUCCAUGAAGGACAACAGUUCCAUCGCUCACCUGCUUCCUACUACGCCUCUCUCCUCCAAUCUUGUGUCGCUAGAAAAGCAAUCAACCCUGGAAAACAGCUCCACGCUCGAUUAUUCCAAAUGGGUAUUGGAUUUAAUACUUAUUUAGCUACUAAACUGGUCAAUCUCUACUGCGUUUGCGAAUCUGUACGCGACGCCCACCAACUGUUUGAUAAAAUUCCCAAAAGGAAUAACUUAUUUCUAUGGAAUGUUCUUAUUAGGGGUUACGCUUGGAAUGGCCCUUAUGAGAUGGCUGUUUCAUUAUAUCAUCAAAUGUUUGAGUAUGGGCUAAUUCCGGAUAGAUACACUUUCCCAUUCGUACUUAAAGCUUGUUCUGCGCUUUCUGCUAUUGAAGAAGGGAGGAAAAUCCAUGACCGUGUAAUACAUUCAAAUUGUGAAAAGGAUGUGUUUGUUGGCGCGGCAUUAAUUGAUAUGUAUGCGAAGUGUGGUUGUCCGGGAAAUGCUCGGCAAGUGUUUGACAUGAUUGAAGCAAGAGAUGUUGUGCUGUGGAAUUCUAUGCUUGCGGCUUACUCGCAAAAUGGGCAGCCAGAUGAAGCACUUGCUCUAUGCAGUCAAAUGGCUCUGACCGGCUUAAAGCCGACUGAGGCAACUCUUGUGACUGUUGUAUCAGCUUCGGCUGAUAUUGCAGAUCUUCUUGUAGGAAAAGAGCUUCACGGGUUUGGUUGGAGACAUGGAUUCGAAUCAAAUGACAAGGUGAAGACUUCAUUGGUAGAUAUGUAUGCCAAGAGUGGUUUAGUGAAGGUUGCCAGGACUUUGUUUGAGCAACUUGGGGAGAAAAAAAGAGUUGUCUCGUGGAAUGCUAUGAUUACUGGGUAUGCAAUGCAUGGUUAUGCAGCUGAAUCUUUGGAUUUGUUUGAGAAGAUGAGAAGAGAAGUUGUGCCUGAUCAUAUAACCUUUGUUGGAGUCCUUGGAGCUUGUAGCCAUGGGGGUUUGCUCGAUGAAGGAUGGAGGUUUUUCAAUUUAAUGGUAAGAGAAUACCAUAUUGAACCAACAGUUCAGCAUUACACAUGUAUGGUUGAUCUCCUUGGGCAUUGUGGGCAAUUCGACAAGGCUUAUAAUCUCAUAAUGGAAAUGAAAGUGGUACCAGAUUCUGGUGUGUGGGGUGCUCUGUUGAAUUCUUGUAAAAUUCAUGGAAAUAUUGAGCUUGCUGAGCUGGCAGUUGAGAAAUUGGUGGAGCUUGAACCUAAUGAUGCCGGAAAUUACGUGAUCUUAUCAAACAUGUAUGCUCAAGCAGGAAACUGGGAAGGAGUUGCGAGACUGAGAAAGUUAAUGAUUGAUAAUGGAAUUAAGAAAAGCACUGCUUGUAGCUGGAUUGAAGUGAAAAACAAAGUCCAUGCUUUCCUUUCUGGAGAUACUUCACAUCCUAAUUCCGAUGCAGUAUACAAGGAGCUAAAGAGGCUAGAAGGAUUAAUGGCAGAAGCCGGAUAUGUUGCUAGCACCGGUUCAGUCUUCCAUGACGUGGAAGAUGACGAGAAGACUAGCAUGGUUUGUAGUCACAGCGAGAGGUUGGCAAUUGCAUUUGGCUUAAUUAGUACACAGUUUGGAACUAGGCUUUUGAUAACGAAGAAUCUCCGGGUUUGUGAAGACUGCCAUGUUGCAAUCAAGUUCAUCUCAAAAAUUACAAAGAGAGAACUCAUAAUCAGAGAUGUCAAUCGUUACCAUCACUUUAAAGAUGGACUGUGUUCUUGUGGUGAUUAUUGGUGAAUGUAAAAGAAGGAAAUGUUGAAGGCUUGAAGCAAAGCUAGCUUAGAUGAUCUGUCUUUAAUAAUGGAUAGCAGAGUGUGCCACAGUCAAAAACAUUCUUGCAUAUAGUUCUUUGCUAUGCCAUCCAUUUAAUAGGGGAAGCUUUCAAGCGCGAAUUAGAGAGGAAUGAAAAUGUAUUUAUACAACAACGAUUAUGAGAAGAUAGUGAAUGUACCAUGCACAUAGAGGAAAGAAAUGAAGUUAUUGUUGAUGGAAUUUUACAUCUUGAUGCAGCAACAGUGAGACCGGAAGACCCAUCAUGAUGUCAAACUCCGACAUAUUCGGGUUUGUCCUCUCCCAAUUUGACCCGUUCUUUCCAAGAAUUUUCUUCAUAUCGUGGCUUAGGUUCUUAAUUAUUGAUUUUCUUGAGAAAGUGUGCACGAACAAAUGCAAUCAAUAAUCAGCAAUCCAUUCAUUGCUAUCAAAUUGGAGAUUUACUCUUUCUUACACAGGAACCUUGUAAUUUUUAGAUUCAAGUACCUACAUGGUCACAUUGAAUCCCUGUAGAAGUUCCAGUUGCUGCAAUAAAAAUGGAGCUCGAUCAAGAAUUUGUGAAGUGUUGUUUGAUUGGCAUUUUUGAAUGAACAGGAAAAAUUAUAAA